AUGAGCAGCAGCCCAUAUCACGCUGACUACAUCUCUCAGCCCCAGGAGCUUGAACCACGGGAGCAGGAUUCACAAUAUGCGCCUACCCCUGGAUACUUCCGAAGCCCUUAUGCUACGCGAUCUGCUUGUAGUCCUUCCCCAUCUAUACUGCUCGACAAUGAACCCAGCCCCGCACGUCGAUGUCGACAGGAUACUCUACCAUUGCUCCAGGAACCCGAAUGGGAAGAAGGCAAGACAUACGACGAAUCUCCACCAAGCUGCAUCCACUACUUCAUAAAGUGGCGGGUCGCCCUCAACAAGGAGGCCGUGGUGAAGGACACAGAAGAAGACUUGGUCUUGGCCCCAAGCGCCUACUGGCCGUUAUUCCUGGAACAGAAGCUACAGACUGUCGUACGAGAGAAACUCUCCCGCAACAAGAGGGUCAGGAUCGACGACGGCGAUUAUCAUGUCAGUCAAUGA